AUAAUAAAGUCAGAAUAAAGGUGGAAUAGAGUAGCUUAUACUUAUCCCUCCUUGCCUUGGCUUUUGGGAAGGAAGGAGGGCGGCGAGGAGUAGCGCGAGGAUAGGAGGACGAGCAGGAGAAUAGGAUGCAUCGGGACGUGUCGCUGUGCAACACGUACAACUAUGGGGACGCGCUGUACUGGGACGCGCGCUACGUGGAAGAAGGGGGCGCUUCCUUCGAUUGGUACCAGCGCUACUCCGCCCUCCGCCCCUUCGUCCGCAAAUUCGUCCCCACCUCGUCCCGCGUCCUCAUGGUCGGCUGCGGCAAUGCCGUUAUGUCAGAGGACAUGGUGAAGGAUGGAUAUGUAGACAUAAUGAACAUCGACAUUUCUUCUGUUGUAAUAGAGAUGAUGAGAAAAAAAUAUGCACAUGUUCCACAGCUGACGUACAUGCAAAUGGAUGUAAGGGAUAUGAGCUUCUUUCAGGAUGAAUCAUUUGACUGUGUCAUUGAUAAAGGAACUCUGGAUUCUCUGAUGUGUGGCACCAAUGCUCCACUCAGUGCCUCUCAAAUGCUGGAAGAAGUGAACAGGCUUCUUAGACCUGGAGGGGUCUAUAUGUUGAUAACAUAUGGUGAUCCAUCAGUACGUAUUCCCCAUUUGAACCAAGCAGGAUGCAAUUGGAAAAUUAUACUAUACAUCAUAAGUGAGUAUAGAAAUCUUCUCUCACCCUCCCUGAUUCUGAUUUGUGUUUAUGAUUUAAUGGCAAAGAUGUGGUGCCUUGACUUAUGUCUCAUUUUAGUAUUAUCUUUUGUUUUCUCCCUUUAUGAAUUGUUCUUAAGAAAACCAUUGUAUGAAGAAUGUUGUCAAAGUAUUGUACUGAUUUCCUUGCUUUUUCCUAAACCUUUUCUUGACAUUCAGAUCAGGAUCACUCCUUUCAUUAAACAUAUAGUGAUGUCCCAUUUUUAAAACCGUAAUCCUUAA